GGGCUAAAGGGAAGCUGCGAUCUCGUAGUCUGCUCUUCUCGUUUCGUGAAGUCCCAAUUGCCUCAUUUUGUUGCAGGUCGAGCAUUGCUGUCAUUAUGAGAUUCAUUCGACUGAGCGCUGCCGUCGCAGCUCUUGUGACAUUGGCACAUGCACAGGACUUCGCCAUAAGCGAGAGCUGGCGGAGUCUCGGCGAGAAGAAAUAUGCUGAGCUGCUAUCGAAGCUGAUGCAAAGAGACAUCAAGACUGAUAAGCUAAUGAGCAACCUUGUACGUCUCGACACGAUAGCGAACGAGAAUGGAGGAAACCGCGCCUUUGGUCUGCCUGGCUAUGCAGCUUCUGUUGACUUCAUCUGGAGUCGUGUUGGAAAGAUUCGGGGCACUAAGGCGUGGAAGCAGGACUUUCCGGCCUUGUUCAACAACGUUGACUCUAUCUCAUUCAUCGUCAAUGACAUACCGUACUAUGUUUAUGGCUUGACAUACUCUCCUUCAACGAGCGCCGAAGGUAUCACUGCCCCACUUGUCCUAGGACCACUCGAUACCACUGCUUGUACUGUUGAUGGAUUGCAAAACUACGACUUAGCCGGAAAAAUCUUGCUUGGGCAACGAGGUACAUGCCCAGAUGGUACAACCCUUGCGGGCCGCGUACGAGCUGGCAAGGCAGCAGGCGCUGCAGCAGUCAUACUCUUCAACAAUGUGCCGACGAAUACCACGGCGGGGACCCUUUCAGCGCCUGACGAGGUCAAUCUGGCACCAGCCGGCUUCAUAAACCUGGUCGAUGGCGAGGCAAUUGCUGCUCAGCUCCGCGAAGGCCAAGAGUUGACGGCAUACUUCCAACAAACCCAGACAAUCGAGACCCGCACAACUCAGAACAUCUUCGUCGAGACCAACGGCGGCGACCCGAACAACAUCAUCAUGCUCGGCGCACACUUGGACUCUGUCAAAGCCGGUCCCGGCAUCAACGAUGAUGGUUCCGGCACAACCCUAAUCCUCGAAAUCUUUGACGCACUGCGCAAGUACCCAACGAAGAACAAAGUGCGCUUCGCCUGGUGGGGCGCCGAGGAGAACGGUCUUGUCGGAUCCGAGUACUUCUGUGAACACCUGACUCCGGAAGAGUCUGACAAGAUCUUGGCAUAUCUAAACUUCGACAUGGUGUCGCGCGGCUACUACGGUGUGUUCGACGGCGAUGGCAGCACACAUGGUCUCGCAGGUGCCCCAGGCUCAGACACCAUCGAGAAGAUCUUCUACGACGACCUGACUAGCAAGGGCAUCAAUGUCACUGCUGCACGUUUCACCGGCGGUAGUGAUUAUGCGCCCUUCAUGCAAGUUCUGGGCAAGCCCGUCGGGGGAUUACAUACUGGGACUGGUGUGACAGAGGAUGACUGCUACCACCAGGCAUGCGAUACGAUCAAGAAUCCCAACCCGGAGCAAUUGACCAUCAACGCGAAGACAGCUGCGAAUACACUGGCUCAGCUAGCGGUUCGUGGGACAGAGCUGAUUCCAAAGGUCUUGGCCAAUUCGACAAUGGCAAUGCCGCGAGAUUUGCCGCAGAUACAGUGGUCUGAAUUUGAUGAGGAGCGUCAUUUGGCUGGGUGUGGUCAUGACAUCUAAAAGAAUUGGGAUCAUGCUCUGUGAACUAAAGCCGAUUCGGAGUUCACGCUGAAGGUAUAAACAGCUAUCCUGAGGAUCUU